AUGACGUCCUAUGCGCCGUCUACAACCGCCACGUCGCCCACCCUACGACCAGACUCGGCCCACUCCAAGAUUUCACCCGUCCCAACUGGCAUUUCCACCCUCUCAAACGGUGUAAAUGGCGCUAUUACCACCAGCCAGGCUAUUGCAGAGCGCAUUCAAAUCGUAGACGAACAGAAACAGUUCAACACUCAUCUCGGACAACAAAUCGACAAAUGGGGUCUACAAGACGUCGGCUUUGCCUACAACAUUGUCGCCGUCUUUGGCAGUCAAAGCACCGGAAAGAGUGAGCGUCGUUUUUUCGGCGUCGCAUUGGUCCUCUGUGAUUUCACCACGCCGCUUGUGUCCCCAUGCCGAAUCCAGACUGACAAUGCUAUGCUAGGUACACUGCUUAACAGACUCUUUGGUACCACCUUUGACGUUAUGGACGAAUCACGUCGUCAGCAAACGACCAAGGGUAUUUGGAUGUGUCGGGCACAAACCGCACCCCUCCUCGUCAUGGACGUCGAGGGCACAGACGGACGCGAGCGCGGCGAAGAUCAGGAUUUUGAGCGCAAGAGCGCUCUCUUUUCUCUCGCCAGUAGCGAGGUCCUCAUCGUCAACCUUUGGGAGCACCAAGUCGGUCUCUAUCAGGGAGCAAACAUGGGCUUGCUCAAGACUGUGUUCGAAGUCAACCUUGGGUUAUUUGGCAAGCGCGAAGAUCAAACGCAGCGCACCCUCCUUCUCUUUGUGAUUCGCGACCACAUUGGAUCAACUCCGCUCGCCAACUUGCAGGCUACCCUCACCCAGGAUAUGAACAGGAUAUGGGACAAUCUCGCAAAACCACCGGGUCUCACCGCUGCUCGUCUCGACGACUAUUUCGACAUGGCAUUCGAGACGCUUCCUCACAAGAUCCUUAUGCCGGACAAAUUCGAAUCUUCCGUUCUCGACCUCCGAAAACGUUUCACUGGCGAAAGCGGAACAGAGACCUACUUUCGUCCGGCGUACCACAAGCGUAUACCCGCAGAUGGUGUCAGCCACUACAUGGAGGGGAUCUGGGAACAAGUUCAAUCCAACAAGGACCUCGAUCUCCCAACACAACAAGAACUCCUUGCCCAAUUCCGUUGCGACGAAAUUGGUGCCGCGGCCCUUGCCGUCUUUAACGAAGAGAUUCGUGGGGUUCGCAAGCCCGUCGAAGCAGGCAAUGUUGUCGAGGGACUUGGAGCGAUGAUGGCAACCUGGAAGGAGACGGCACUCGCUUCAUACGACCAUGCCGCUUCUCGUUAUCACGCCGCCGUCUAUCAAAAGAAGCGCUCCGACUUGGUCAACACGAUCCACACGACACUUCAUCCGAUUUUCUACUCCCAACUCAAGAACCUCAGCAAGCUCACGCUCGCUCGUUUCAAAAAGGCGCUGGCCGACGCCCUCAAGGGGGAUGCAGGCUACGAUUUUGCCGACGUCGUCUCCAAGGCACGCGAGGCUGGUCUGCAAGGCUGGGAGGCGAGCACUGUCGAAAUGCUCCGCGUCGUCGACGAGAGGGGCGGUGAUUGGUAUGGUGGUUGGGAAGAGGAGAAAUCGCUUCUCCUCACCGAACUUGGCCAUGUGGCGGAUGUUUUCCGCAAGGAUGAGACGACCAAGAUGGUCAACCAGAUCGAGCGAGCCUUGAGGCAACAACUCGCAGAUCCAGUCGACGUUGCUCUCAACAAGCCCGGAGCAGACAUGUGGGACCGUGUCCUCUCGUCGUUCAACGAGCUCCUUGGCGCAGCCGAAUCUGGCUAUCUCACCAAGGCGGCGUCCUUCAACUGUACCGAAGAGGAAAACAAUCAAGCACUCGAGACGCUACGACGACGCGCAUGGACAGCCCUUCUCAACAAGACCAAAGAACACACGGCCGAUGCAGCGCUCUUGGCCAAACUCCGAGCGUCGUUUGAAGAGCGAUUCCGCUACGACGAAAACGAUGUCCCGCGUGUAUGGAAGCCAGAAGACGACAUUGACGGAAUCUUUAAAAAGGCAAAAGACCAGACGCUCGAGUUGAUUGCCAUCUAUGCCAAGAUUGCUCCCAUCGAUGCCUCGCUGAUUCCGGACAACAUUCCAUCUGACAGUGACCUACCGCCAGCGCUCGCUGCGGGCUCGACGGACGAGUUUGACUUUGGUGCUUCACUCGUCUUGCUCUCCGAGCCAAAGCAGCUCGACAUUACGUCCCGGUUCCGCCGCGAUGCCGACGCGUACUACGUCGAGGCAAAGCGUUCUACGGUUUCAAGCGUCGCUCAGAUUCCAUACUGGAUGUACGGUGUACUCGUCGUCCUCGGGUGGAACGAAGCCAUGCUG